UGCUACACAGCUUUAGCAGCGGUGGCGCCUCCAAUGCCAACAGCGAUGCCACCAGCGGUGCUCGUUGAGAAGCAUGAGCCGAGCUGGAGGAAGCGAAUUGACGUUGAUAGCGAAAUGAUUGACAACGGUCUGGAAAUGCAAUUCCAGUGAGAAGGGCUCGGAAAAGGUUAAGCCGUCAGAAAAGCGUCUGAUCCAAGUUUGGGAUUGGGCGCCCCCAAUAUGAAAGGGCAUGGAAGCUCUAUGCGGACUUGUCAGUGAUUGUAUUGUGACUUGCGGAUUAGGUCUGCCAUUGAAUUUCAGCCGUAAUGCCAAAUUCUUGGAAAUGUUCAGCACAUAAUUUGCGGCCCUUUGUGCUUUAUUUUUUUCUCAAUGCAGACUGUGAGCUGAAGGAGCGCCUGAUUGCGAGCGUUAAGAAGGAGGUGAAGCAAUUGAUGGAGGAGGCGGUCACCAAAAAGUAUGUGCACGAGGAGAGCAGUUCCGUGACUUCACUGUGCGCCGCUGUGGAGGCCUGCCUCAGUCACGGUCUGCGGCGUCGUGCUCUGGGCUUGUUCAAGACCUCGUCGACAACGGCGCUAAUACAAAAGAUAGCCAAGAUAUGCCCGGAGGCGGACUAUGUGAGCCGUCGACUGCUGGAGCUGGAGCUGGCGCAGGAGAGUCAUGCGGUUAGCGGCAAGCGCUCAUCCUCCAGCAGCGACAGCAUCAUCAAGCCGAAGCUGCUCAACAAGGGCAGCUGCAGCAGCAGCUCUGUGACCACCAUCAAUACGGUUGUCGCCUCGGUGGGCGCCAACGGCGCCUCAGCACCGCUGGGCAAAUAUUUGUGGAUUCGCCUGGCACUCUAUGAGAAGCGUCUGGCCAAGAUAAUUGAGCAUCUGGUGAGCAACGCUCAGAGCUACUACGAUCGCGAGGCGCUGGUCGCCGAUCCCGAUUACGGCUCCAUACUCAGCUCCCUGCUGGUUGGGCCCUGUGCUCUGGAGUUUACGCGCGCCAAGACUGCCGAUCACUACUGGUCCGAUCCCUGCGCCGAUGAGCUGGUGCAGCGUCAUCGCAUCAGUUCGGGCAAUCGCACGCCUCCCACCUGUCAUCGGCCCAUCAUUAAUUUCAAGCGCAGCCUGCACACCAGCUCGGAGGAUACAAGCAGCGGCAGCUUCAAGGCUUGCUCGCCGGCGAGCGUGGCCAAGGACUACGUGGAGUCGUUGCAUCAGAAUUCCCGCACCACCCUGCUCUAUGGCAAGAACAACGUGCUGGUGCUGCCCAAAGAUGUGGCUGAGCCGAUGCCCGGCUAUCUCAGUCUGCACCAGAGCAUCCAGUCGCUGACCAUCAAGUGGACGCCCAAUCAGCUAAUGAACGGCUACAAUGAUCCCGAUAUGAGCGACAAAAGCUUCUAUUGGGGCUAUGCUCUCAAUAUCAAUGUCGAUGAAAUUGUUUACGUGCACUGCCAUCAAAAUCGCGGCGGUGACACAGGUGGGAUCAUUAUACUAGUUGGUCAGGAUGGCGUACAGCGUCCGCCCAUACAUUUUCCGGAGGGCGGGCACCUGCAGGCGUUUCUCAGUUGCCUGGAGACGGGUCUGCUGCCGCAUGGCCAGCUCGAUCCGCCGCUCUGGUCGCAGCGCGGCAUCGGCAAGCUCUUCCCAUGGCCCAAAAGUGUCCGCCGGCACAUCCUGCCCUCGGUCAUGGAGUCAUCAAGCGAUGAGACGCCCAUUGAUUAUGUGUUUCGGGUCGUCAGCAAGAGCCAGCAUGAGGAGUUCCUGGCCACACAUCCCAUACUGGAGCUGGGUCGAUCGAGUCCGCGGCGCAAGCACCUGGGCAGCUGCUCCACCACCGGCAGCAGCGACUGCUCCAGCAAGAGCUUAUCCAUUGACCAGAGCAGCAAUCCGGAUCCGCCAUUGAUACAGGCCAGUCAAACGGCCAGCAUUGAACUGGUCUGCUCCACGAUGCGUCGUCAGAUCAUCUCGCGCGCCUUCUACGGCUGGCUGGCCUACUGCCGUCAUUUAUCCACGGUGCGCACGCAUCUGUCCGGUCUGGUCAAUGGUCGCAUUACCCCAGAUUUGGCCGUUAAUGAGCAGGGUCUAACCAGGGAGAAGUGGCUGGCGAUGAAUGUUGAUGGCAUCGUUUCUGGCGAGCUAGAGCUUUAUCGUCUGGUCUAUUUCGGUGGCGUGGAGCAUGAGCUGCGCAAGGAGGUGUGGCCGUAUCUGCUUGGCCACUAUGCCUUCGGCUCGACGCCGGAGGAACGCCAAAAGCAGGACGAGACCUGCAAGCACUACUACGAGACCACGAUGAGCGAGUGGCUGGCCGUGGAGGCGAUUGUGCGACAGCGGGAGAAGGAGAAGACGGCCUUGGCUGUGGCUAAGCUGAGCGCAGAGCAAGCACAGCUGGCAGCCAAUGCCAAUCCACUCGCUUCGAACGUUCAGCUGACCAAUGGCAAUGGUCAGCUAGAGCUGGACAACGACGGCUUGGCCGAGGGCGAGAAUGAUGUAUUUGAUGACAACGACUUUUCGGACAUCUCCGAUCCGGGCGAUGAGUUCGAUGAGCAGCAGCCACAGUUGGAGGCUGAGCAGCAGCUGCUAGCGGCAGAGGAAAACGAGGAACAGACAGCCGAGCUGCCGGCUCAGCUGAGCGGACAAGUGGUGCUGGAGUUUCAGAACAUUGACGAUAUGGAGCCACUGCGCUUGCAUGACAAUUGCUUCGGUGAUUCCGAAGCCGAAGGCGAUCUAGGUUUCAGUCUAGACGGCAGUGGCAACAUAUUGUUGCUUAGUAUUAAGAGUUCACCUUCGACCAGCAGCUACGAGACGGUGGGCAAUGAGUUUGGCGAUCUGACAGAUGCCAAAGUCUUAGACGAGGCAGGUGUGGAGCCAGAAGCGGAUGCCGAUGCGGAUGCCGAUGCGGAUGCGGAGGCGAAUGGUCAGUUAACUAAAUUUCAUAGUGCGGACGAUGUGCGUCACGAUGAGGAGCAUCCGGCAACAUCAGUCAUUAUCACAGAAGCCGCCUCACUGGAUGACCUUGACGCACAAUGCAAUGACGACGAGCCCACCGAGGAGUUUACCUCACGCAAAACAAGCCUCAUGUCGCCCCUGAACGAGGACAUCACCGUCGUCGCCUCAUUGGAUGCGUUGCAGGAGCCAAAGUCUGUCUGCGUCUCACCAGCCAGCUCCAAUGGCGGAGUCUAUAGCGUGGAGCUGCUAGAACAGUUUGGUCUAAAUCUGCAUCGGAUCGAGAAGGAUGUGCAGCGCUGCGAUCGCAACUAUUGGUACUUUGCCAGCGAGAAUCUGGACAAGCUGCGCAAUGUGAUAUCGACGUAUGUGUGGGAGCAUCUGGAUGUGGGCUACAUGCAGGGCAUGUGCGACCUGGUCGCUCCAUUGCUGGUCAUCUUCGAUGAUGAAUCGCUCAGCUACAGCUGCUUCUGCAAGCUGAUGGAGCGCAUGAUCGAGAACUUUCCCAGCGGUGGUGCCAUGGACAUGCAUUUCGCCAAUAUGCGCUCGCUAAUUCAGAUACUGGACUCGGAGAUGUACGACCUAAUGGACUCGAAUGGGGACUAUACGCACUUCUAUUUCUGCUACCGCUGGUUCCUCUUGGACUUCAAGCGCGAGCUCAUCUAUGACGAUGUCUUUGCCACCUGGGAGGUGAUCUGGGCGGCCAAGCACAUUGCCUCCGGGCAUUUUGUGCUCUUCCUGGCGCUGGCGCUGCUCGAAACCUAUCGCGACAUCAUUUUGUCCAACAGCAUGGACUUUACAGAUGUCAUCAAGUUCUUUAACGAAAUGGCCGAGCGUCACAAUGCCCAGUCGAUUCUGCAGCUGUCACGCAGCCUCGUCCUGCAAUUGCAGACAAUAAUUGAGAACAAAUAAGUUUUUGCAAAGGAGCAUGAUUUGGAGCCGGCACUGGAACUGGAACUGGAACUGGAACUGGAACUAGCAGUGGCAGUGCAACUCAAAUUGGCUUCGUGGCAACUGUGUGUAUAAUAUGUGUGUGCAUGCAUGUCCGUGUGUGUGAGUGUGAGAGAGCGUGUGUGCGUCAGCGAGUGAGUGUAGUAGAGUGUGAUCCACAGCAGUUAUAAACUAGCACAGUGUAGGCUCAAGCAAAUAGUUUACCAGUCACAUGCAAUACAUAGUAUCCGUACUUCCUUGAACAGUAUUGGAGAGUUAUAUACAUCGUUAUAUAUGGUAGAGAGCACUAAAGUAUCGCAUACUAUUGUAGGUAUUAUACAGGAGAUGAACUUUAUAAACGAAAAAAAA